AGCAAACGAGCCUGUUUGGUGUUUUUAGACCAGUGUUUUGUAUUCUUGUUGUAUAUGCUGAGACUGUGUGACUCUUGCUGCUGUCUUAUCUUGUCUGUGGAUAAUUUAUAUCAGUCUGAUUUUUUUUCCUUUACUGCAUUACCCUCAAUUGAUCUUUGUUUGCCAACUUUGGGUCCAUGCUGUCAUUUUCAUCUCUCUCUCUUUCUGUUUCCCAUGGCUGUCCUCUCCUUUCCAAUUCCCAUGGCUUUCCUCUCCAUCCCAAUCCCUCAUCCUUUGCCUGCUGCUUUGUCUAGAUCUGCCAUCUCACAUGACAUGUCAGGAGCCUCACUUGAGCACAGCACCCCUGUCACAGUGCUGAGCCCUGCUAGGCAGGAGCCUGGUAAGAAACCAGUAACACAGAAGCCUAGAAGGAGGAGGCGGGAGGCUCAGAGGUACCAGCAUGCCCAAGAACAGGGGAGAGGGAGAAGAAGCGACUUUCACCCCCACGUCCCCAGGCCCCGAUGCAGUGAAACCGACACAGAUUCUUCAGACUCAUCUUCCACCCGUGAGAGUCACUGGAUUCAGGCAAAGAGAAGAGCCCAAGUGAAGUUCCGCCUGUCGCGGAGAAGAAGGAGAAAUAACAAAACAAGCGGAAACCUGGGUGAGUCUUCUGCUCCUAAUGAAAUCAAUCUAGUACACUUGGGAUCCAAAGAUAAAAAGCACACGAAGCUGACCAGCUGUGAGAGCUGUUCUUUAAACUUGCAUGGAGCAAAAGGCACAACGUAUGAAGGAUGUGGUGUCUCCCUGUCGAGAGGGUCCUCUGACAGUAAAAGACCCUCAAGGAAGCAACAGGAGAGCAGAGAGGGGGACCACCACAGGGAUCCUCAACUCUUACAUCAGUGUGGGCAAAAUGAAACAACAAUCAAGAGAAGAUUUUCAGGGACAGAUUCCAGCACUGAAAUGCUGGCAGUCAAAGGUGGCAAGUCUGCUGGUGAUGCGGGGUUCCAGGAGCCUCUUUCCACAGACCAUGACGGGUCUGAUCAUUUACACGCAUGCAGGAUCUGUCACUGCGAAGGGGACGAGGAGAGCCCGCUCAUCACGCCCUGCCGCUGCACAGGCACCCUACGCUUCGUGCACCAGGCCUGUCUGCACCAGUGGAUCAAGAGCUCUGACACACGCUGCUGUGAGCUGUGCAAGUAUGACUUCAUCAUGGAGACCAAGCUCAAGCCCCUGCGGAAGUGGGAGAAACUGCAGAUGACAACAAGCGAAAGGAGGAAAAUCUUCUGCUCUGUCACUUUCCACGUCAUUGCCAUCACCUGCGUGGUCUGGUCCUUGUAUGUGCUGAUAGAUCGGACAGCAGAGGAGAUCAAGCAGGGUAAUGAUAACGGUGUCCUCGAAUGGCCAUUUUGGACAAAGCUGGUUGUGGUGGCCAUCGGCUUCACAGGAGGUCUGGUCUUCAUGUAUGUACAGUGCAAGGUCUACGUGCAGCUGUGGCGCAGGCUGAAGGCCUACAACCGCGUGAUCUUCGUGCAGAACUGCCCGGACACAGCCAAGAGGGUGGAGAAGAGCCGCUCUUGCACCGUGAGCAUGGACACCAAGGACGCUGGGGCGGUGCCUGCGUUGCAGACAGGGCCCACCGCACGGCCACCCGCGGAGGCCGGCCCCACCGAGCUCAUACCCGUGUGAUGGGCCAGCGGAGGCCUGCCACCCAGAGUCCAGCCUGUCACUACAGACGACAGAAGCGAUCCUGAGUAGUCACCCUCUAUCUUCUCUCCGCUUGCUGACUCAUUUGUUCUUACUUUGCUCAAAAGGAAAGAAGAAAACACCAAAUGACCAGGAUCCCAUGAAACAGUCUCAAGUGUAAAGAGGAAAAGUGGAAGUUAGCUGGAAAAUGAUUUCUGAGACAUAACCACUGGCGCAAGGGAUGCUUUUAGGCAAUGAGGAAAGCCUGAGUGGACAGACCCAUGAGUCUUCACAGUAGCAAGGAAAGUUCCAGAAUAAGGACUUGAGUUGAACGUGCGUUUCUUCUAGGGCCUCAUGAUGCUAACUCUCUCAUCUGGAAAUGACAAACGUAUCUGGGUUUAAGCUUGAAAUUGUCUGCAUUAUCCCUAAGGCACAUCAGACACAAACUUGGAAGAUGCAUAUUUUGAUAUUCAUACUUUGACAGCUAACAGGUUUUUAUGGAUGGAGUAGUUUGUUUUGACAGGUAGGUGUAUGUUUUUAAAAUAGAUGCAAGACACAUCUGAAGAUAUUAAUACUUGAAAUUAUGUUUAAAUCAUGAAGAGUAGAUUUUCAAAAUAUUUUGGGAUUUAAUUAGCUCUGUUAAAUACCCAGAAGCGUUGUAUACUCCACUUGGACCCUCUGAAACAGCACUGUCCAACAGAAAUGUAAUGUGAGCCACAAAGGCUGGCUACAUAUGCAAAUUUAAAAUCUUCUAGUAGCACCAUUAGAAAAAGCAAAAAUACAUAGGUGAAUUUCGAUAAUGUUUUAUUUAGCAUUAUAUACCCGUUAUCACUUCAAUGUCAUCAUUAUAAAAAAUAAUUGAGUUAUUUUACAUCUCCUUUUAUGAACCAAGUCUUUCAAAUCCAGUAUGCAUUUCAUCCUUACAGGGAAUCUCAAUUCAAAUCCACUGUAUUGGACAGAGCAGCCCUAAAAUUAGAGACAAAGCCUGUUUUAAAAGUUGAAUCUUUCAAAACAGCACUUCAUUCUUUUAUUCAAAGUAUCACAAAUGUUACUUUACAAAGCACUAAUCAAAUGAAGUAUCUUAAUAAGAGAUAAAGUUACUAUUUUUUAAAGGGUAAAAAAACUAUAAAGCAAUCUACCCAUGACAAAGUUUUGAAAUUAACUUAUUUGCUACUAUGAAGCACUUAUAAUAGGGGAAAUAAAAAUUUUUUAAGUCAAAUGUACUUUCUUAAAUCCACAUGAGGUGUCAACUUGACAGAUGAGUAGUUAUGACCAAGCAUUUAGCCUGUAUUUUAAAGAGCUGACAGUAUUUCCCUUGCUCAACUGGGAAGCAAAAACAUUCAACAUUCUGUGAUAAGUAAUUAAUUGAGUUGUUGAGGUUUGACAGAUGAGUUGAUUAUUGUAUUCUUUGCAUAUUCAUGUAAACCUGAAGCGUGACUACUGCAGUGAGCUAGAUUAAUGAUUAUAAAUAUAGUGGCCUGUCAAAGAGAGAUGUCUUACAUGAAACAAGGUGAUUUAUUUUUGCUAGCUGUUGUUAUUAUUGUGAAAAGGCAACCAUGAUGGCCAUAGAACCAAAGCAUGGGUUCCACAUUGCACAAAUCUGGGAUCACACUGAUGUGCUUUGUAACUGUCAGUGUGCUUGCUCCUCACAGGUUACCGUAGGAAAGAGGAAAGAGAAAUAACCUCUUACUGACGAGAAGGAUGAUAUGAUAUUCGUAGUGGCUGACACUGAGUCCAAAUAGUCCCAGUUCUUAGAAAUACAGCAAAGGUCAACAGCAUCAACUUUGUGUGUGCAUGGGGUGUGUGUGUGUUCCUGUAUAUACAUGAGAAAAACGUCCAAGUGUUCAGUCGGGCAGCAAACAAGAGGUUUUUUAAAGCUCAUUUUUCUUAAAACUUGUUGAAUGAAGGCACAGGAAAAAAAAACAAAAAACUUGAGGCAACUAAACUGGACCAAAAUUUCUGCACAAAUAAAAACACAGUGGUGUAAUUAAAAAUAUAUGAACCUUAAACUGGACUUUGUAUUAACUUUUUAAUUUCCAUCUUCAAGGUUUAAGACAUACACAUUCAUGGAUAAUGAAGCUUUGGGUGACUUAACCAUGGCACUUCACCCAAGGGACUAAACGUGAUUCAUUUCAUCUGAUAACUUUCCUAAACAGUUUUAAUCCAUGUCUACUGAGGUUUAGCAACGGCAACAGUUUCACAAGUUCCUGAGGGAACAAAGUCGUCACGAGCAAACAAAGAACUGUUGAUCUCUCUGUCCUCUGCUCUGUAAGGAAAGGAUUAUUUACACCAAAAAUAUCAUUUAAAUUCUGCCCAAACUUUAGAAAGAUAGGUAAGUGUAUGGCUCAUAGCACAGUGGAAGAUGAUUGGCUCACAUGAGGCCUGGUUUAUUUAGGGGCACACUGAACACUAGAAUGAAAAAUAAAGAUAAGCAUUACUGUAUUAAUGGUAAAAGAGGACAUGGUGUUUUAAAACCACACAUACAUUCUCAAAAUUAACUUGAAUAGGCUUUGACUUUCUUGAAAUGAGAAAAUAUAGAGCUCUCUUAACAGAUUAAAAGUCAGCAUUAUUCUGCUAUUCUUUUUUAAACCCUGAACUCUCGAAUUUAAAUCCUUAAAGAGUUUUCCCAUAAUAGCUGCUGAAGGUUCAAACAACUGAAAUAACCAUGUAUUUAAAACCUAGUGUUGACUGUGUUCUUUCAUACUGUGUGGCGAUGGUCUCUGACCUUUCAGUGACUGGGUGUGGCUUUGUGAAAAUACUUCUGUGGACUGGAUAUACCCUUCAAAAAGAAAAACUGCUGUCUGGAAUGCUCUUCAGUUUUUUGAAGCAUGUUUACCUGCUUAUGUAAGAAAUAAAAUGGAAUUGAAACAAAGGACUUAAAUUGAAGAAUAAAUUGAUAGUUCUACUAAAA